AACAUUUUAUUUCUUCUUGUGGUCAUAUUUCACAUUGGGUUAGUGUAAAGUUGCUUCUUUGGACAACAUGUGGGAGACGUUCGCUUCGUCAAAAUGAGCACAGACUGCGCCCACAAGGCCUGUGUCGCUCCAAAGCCAACACCUGUUUGUCAAGCCCGUGUGACGCUAAUGUCCGCAGCCAGGGGUCCCAAACCUUCUGUUGCCCCCAAACCUAUCCUGAAGCUCCAUUCAAGGGAACCUCUCCUAUCAGGAUUCCCAGAGGGAUACAGUAAUGGGGGUCUCAAUGGAGUGACAGGUCUAAACAAGGAGGUUUCUGACCAAGAUGGAGUGUUGUCACCAAAACCAACCACAAGAGAGAACCAACGUGACCAGGAAGAAGAGAUGGUUCCGAAGAUGGACGAGGACUGGAGACUAACCGACACCGCCCUCACAGAGGAAGUGGACUCCUUGGACACGCUGUGGACCAGCAGCGACCGACUCACCAUGGAUUCUGAGGAGGCGGUGGAGAUGAUCGACACCACUGAUGUGACGGAGGACAUGGACGAGGACGCGGGCGAGGCACUGGCCGAUACGGACGGCCUCUCAAUGGGAGAUAUUUCCGUUAACAGCGUGGAUGAGGAAAAAGGGGCCGGGAUAAAGAAGAUCUCGCUGAGGCGAGAAGAGUUGGGCGACACAGCCGAGUCGCUCACUGAUGAUCUCCUUAGUGAACCCAGCCAACAAGCACCCACUUCUGAUGACGUAACCCCCUGUAAAACCCUUAAGGGUCACCACAAAAAUGCUGCAAACCUGCAGCUCAGUUCAAUUGAGGAAGACCAUGACAUUUGUUUUAGUGACCAGAAGCAGAUCAGUCAUGAAGCUAAGAGGCACAUUGCUUUGGAGGACUGUCAAAGCCACGAGCCCUAUUAUGUGUCUCCGGAGAACAUUAUCAAGCGCGAGAUGAUCCCAAAUCAUAAUAAAGCUUGUGGUGUACAAGGCAGUCCACUCUCACCCCAGAGGCAAUGUGGUGUCUUAGCAGGGAAAUACCACAUGAGUCAAGGCCAAAAAGGCCCUGUAGGAUACCAGAGGAGUAGGUCUGUUACAAGUGAAGAGCACAAACUGGAUGCCUUGUUGAAUCGUAUGCAUUGUCAACCCAAUUUCCGUCUGCUCUGCAACUCUGAUACCUCACUGUCCGCCUCUUUUGCGGGAAACCAACUGAUUGUACCAGGAAAGUCUGAAUUCUUCAGGCACGGUGUGGGCGAUGACGCCACUGACACAGACAUAAGUGAUGAUCUCCUUUAUGAGGAUCCAGGAGAUGAUAGCUCCGAGGGUGAAAAUGUGUUCCCUUUGAGGAGGACCACAUCGGAAAUGCGCUCUCGCUCCAUGUCACAUCACAUGAACAGCGAGGCAGGAGGGCACCUCGUCCAUGGACCCAGGUUCAGUCAGAAAGGACCCGUGUUGAGUAGCAGCCCCAUGUUGAAGGUCUACACAAAACCUCAUUAUUUGCCCCUGUACCCUACCUCCUCUACAUCCACACCUGUGUGUGCCCACAGAGACACUGAAGGCUCUCCUUGUGGAAGGUUCUCUAGAUUCUCAGCUCUGUCAUCCAGUGGCCUGUCUACACCUACAUCUGUGGUGGACAUCCCGCCGCCUUUUGAGCUGGCAUACAUCACCAAGAGACCCAUUGCCAAGAGUUCGCCCUCGCUCCUCAUUGACGUAGACUCCCCAGAGAAGAACAGAGAGAAGAAAUCCUCUAUCAAGCGCUUCCUGAUGCUGAAGUUUAGGCGUAAAGUGGAGAGCAAGCCCUCCAACUUGUCCUCGUCUGAGUCCUCAACAGAGUCCAGCCACCUGACAACUAGCAGACUGCUAGAACUGGAUAGACAUAGCGUUGCUAGUUCUCCGCGGCUCCUCCAUCACUCUGCUUGCCAACCUCAAGCGUCACCUGAGACGGCACCCUCCUUCUUGUUCUAUCCGAACGCCACAAGAACAGGAAAUUCCGUGGCCUUCCUCAAUCGCAGCGUGGUGCGGGUGGAGUCUUUCGAGGAGCGCUCCCGUGUGCCUUUCUCGCCCCUGCCCCUAACCAAGCCUCGCUCCAUCUCCUUCCCCAAUGCAGAUACCUCCGACUAUGAAAAUGUUCCUGCUGUUAACUCGGACUAUGAGAAUAUUCAGGUCCCGCAGUGGAGGCCGGUGCGACCGCGGCCUUUGGGUGACUUCUUUGAGCGUCCCACGCGGGUGCUGUCGUCUGCCAAUGAGACGGAUGGUUAUGUGGACAUGAGUAGCCUCCCUGGCUUUGAUGUCAAGACCAAGUCCUCUGUACAGGAAGCAGAGAGCGCCUAUACAGAAGCCUACAAAGUGUGUGCAAUACCUGCUGGUCCACAAAGUAAACCGAUUAGUGCUGUCAAUGGACACACAGCAGCUAAUGAAGAUGGCGGACGCACCUCCGAGGAGGAAGACGCAGGUGGCGAAACCAACUAUGACAGACAGAUCGAUGGUCGAUCCCGAGCUUUUUACAUCGCAAUGGAUCUACUGGAUACUGAGAGACUACAUGUAAAAGCACUCAAGUCUCUCCAGGAAGACUUUCGGGAAGCAGUGGGGUCCGCAGUUGGGGAUGAUGGAGAGCCUGUUUUGGAUGAAAAAAGACUUUGUGAGGUUCUCAAUGAGCUGCCUGAUGUUUACCUCCUACACCGCACAAUCCUCACCGAGCUGGAGAAUCGAACACGGCAGUGGGAUGAGUGCCAGAGGAUCGCAGACAUCUUCCUCUCCAGGAAGGCAGAGUUCUUGCUCUUUACCACCUACAUUGGACACUACGACCGAAGUAUGAACCUACUGGAGGAGAGCUGUCGAACCUCAGCUGCCUUUGCGGCCAUCGUCCACCAGUUUGAGCAGCAGAGUCCAUCUGGCCAAACUGUUUCUCUCAAGCAACAACUCCUGCAGGUGAUUGUGCGUGUUGCUCAGUACCGCAUGAUCCUUACAGAUUACUUGAACAACCUCUCCCCUGAUUCGCAAGAAUAUGAGGACACCCAAGCUGCUGUUGUGAUUGUGGCAGACAUUGCAGACCAGGCAAAUGACAGUUUAAGACACGGGGAGAACUUACUGCGUCUGGUCAACAUCGAGUACAGUGUUCACGGCCAGCGGGACCUGCUGCAGCCUGGUCGGGUGUUUGUGAAGGAGGGCACCCUGAUGAAGGUCAGCAAGAGGAGUCGACAACCUCGUCACCUGUUUUUGAUGAAUGAUAUGUUACUUUACACUUACCCACAACAGGAUGGCAAAUACAGACUGAAGAACACUCUGUCACUCACUGGGUUGAAGGUUAGUAAACCCAUUAUAGAAAAUGUCCAACAUGCACUGCGGAUGGAGGGAACUGACAUCUCCAUCACUUUGUCUGCAAGCUCCUUCAUUGAAAGGGAGGACUGGUUUUACACUUUGAGUCGCGCUGUGAGUGAACACAACCGAGGGUCUGUGCUAUUCAACGACUGCUCAGGGGAGGCCAGAGAUCGUCUGCGUGUCACCUUAGGAGAAAAGCCCCCCACGCUUGUUCCAGUGUCCCAAGUGAUGAUGUGUAUGAACUGCACGUCAGACUUCAGCCUGACUCUCCGUAGACAUCACUGCCACAGCUGUGGGAGGAUUGUUUGCAGGAGCUGCUCCAAGAACAGAUAUCCACUCAAGUACAUGAAGGAGCGCUUGACCAAAGUGUGUGACCACUGCUACAACGAGCUCAAGAAGAGAGGAGAAGACACGUGCACCGUCCCAGCAAAGAGCAGCCCUCGUGUGAGCCGCUCCACUCGUCCGCUCUCCUCUGUGUUCCAAAGCAUCCACCCUCCAAACAUUUGGAGGCAUCGCAAAGGCAUGCUCACCUUCGACCAGAUGACUGUGUCCGAUGAGGGCUCCAUCAGUGGCAGUCUCCAUCGCAGCAAGAAGAGCAAGAGGAACUGGAAGAGACUGUGGUUCCUCCUAAAAGACAAGGUGCUUUACACCUACAGGGGCCAAGAGGAGAAGGUGGCCUCAGAGAGUUUGCCUUUGUUGGGCUUCACGGUGAAGCUACCAGACAACCACCAAGGAGAUGAUGACGCCUCCAAUGUGUUCCAACUUUAUCACAAAAACACUUUGUACUACACGUUUAAAGCAGAGGACAACUACACAGCCCAGAGGUGGGUCAACGCCAUGGAAGAAGCCACAGUUUUAUAGGAGCAGAUCAUGCCACCCUUCCAUAAAACAACAACAAACUGUGGGGCCAAAAAGGGGAAAGAAAACUUGAUUAUGGCUGCAAACUGGAACGUCCGUGGCCAAUACUGCAGGAAAGUAUUGAAAAAGACACCAUGUUCUUUGCGAUCUGGGAGACACUUUUGCUUUCUGUUGCAACCUUGCAGCAGGUGUGAUGCUGUGCACCACAUGAAGCUCUGACCCAAAUACCUGCCAGCCGAUCGGCACACUAACUGACUCCAGGGCAUGGCAUGGUGGGUUAUUGUCACUGUUUAACUGGGUGAGAAAAAAUACUGACGAAUGCAGAGCCCUCCUAAUAAGGCUUUUUUUAGAAAAUGUAGUCUUCCCCUUGAUGUUUAUAUUCUUUAUGACUGUAUUAACAUAACAACUUGUUUCAUUUAUAUACAAUUUAGCAUCUGAAGUAUUGUCUUGUACUGUAAUAUUUGUUUCACUUUUUUGCACUGUUGGAAAAAUGACUCCAUCAGAAAAGCUGUACUUUCAUAAAAGAAGUCAAACUCCUUAUCCAUUUUGAUGUGGAACAUAUCAUUGCUUGAGCCAAGGCACAUACAGUAUUUUACAGUAGAAAAAUCUCUCGGCACACCACCUAACGAAAAUGUCAGAAAAACUACAUAUACUAAAAUAAUGAUGAUCUC